AUGAAAUCGCCGACUUUUUCGAUUCUUUUCAUAGUUUUUCCAAUUCUCUGCUUUUCUACUAUUGCUGAUUAUAAAAAGUAUUGUCCGCACAUCCAUGAAAUUCCUCAUGAAAAUCAACCUCCUUGUCCUAAAUUCGAUACACCGUGUAUAAAUCAAUUCGGCGGAAAAGGACAGUGUUCAAGGGUCAAGUCCUCGGUGAGUAUUUUAGCUGUUAGGUUGAAGCUGUUAGGUCGAAGAAUACUUGUGUAGUUUAAAAAAUCUAUUUUUCAGGGUAAUAUAUUGGGAAAAUGCUGUCCUAACCCAGUGGUUCCCGAAGAUUUUCAAACAAAUCAAAUAUGCGAUGAUUCAAAACUCUUACAAUCCUACGAUUUAUAUUGCAAAAAUGGCUAUGUUUGGACACUUGGUAAAACAGCCUUUGAAUAUGCGAUUGUAAAACCUAAAUCUUUAUAUGAAUGUAAACUCAAUAAGCAUUGUAAAAAUGGAAGUUAUUGUGUCUUUCGGAGUGAAGAUCGACUACGGAAAUGCUAUGUUAUUGAAGGAGUGAAAGAAAAAGCUGAAGAAGCUGAAGAAGAAGAACGAAAAAAAAAUCAAAAAGAAAGCGAUAAUAUGAUGCUGAUUAUAGUUAUUGUUUCAAUUGUUGUGGUUUUAAUUGCUAUCCUUGUAGCUGCUGUUGCAAUUUUGAUUUGUCGGAAAACGCGAAAGGCGAAAAUGCAGAAGCAAGGUUCGGCUGUGAAAGGAAAAACGAGCAAGGAAAAGAUGAGCAAAACGAAAAACGGGUCGAAUGCCUAG